AUGGAUAGGUUAAGUCAAUUGCCAGAUGAUUUACUCAUCAAGAUACUGUCCUUUGUCCCGACCAAAUGGGCCGUGGCUACGAGCAUUUUGUCUAAACGAUGGCUGUCUCUUUGGACACUGGUGGCAAGUCUUGUCUUUGAGGAUUUCUCAGAGGAGGAAGAUGAAGAGAUUAAUGAAAUCCAUGUCAGAAGCCUGUCACAGUUUGUGUCAGGGACUUUGCUAUUACACAAAGCAGCUGUCCUAGAAAGGUUUCAUCUCAACAGCGCAUCAGAAUGUAGCGCUUGGGAGAUUGGUUUAUGGUUUAGAAUCGCAGUCGAUCGCUUUGUGCGUGACUUGAAAAUAAGUUUCUGUUAUGAUCAUUGUCUUGUUAACUUGCCGAGUAGGUUGUUUAGAUGCGAGACACUUGAGACUUUACAACUCCGUAGGGUGAUUCUUUCGGAAGUUCCUUGUCGGUUAAGCUUUCCAUCCCUCACGAAGUUGCGCCUUCUACCUAUCAAGUACUCAGACGAUGGAUCUUUCUCUAGGAUUGUUUCAAACUGUCCCAUCCUUGAUGAUUUAGUUGUAGAGACUUGUCACGGAGACAAUGUGGCGACUUUCACCGUGCACUUGCCUUCCUUACAGAGUUUAUCCUUUAGGAAUACGGUGCGAGAGUCCCCACCUGAUGGUCAUUUGUUCGUGAUACAUUCCCAGUCUUUGAAGCAGUUGGACAUUGUGGAUUACUUUGGUGAACUUAAACUAAUCGGUAAUCUUCCCAAACUCGUCGAGGCCAAUCAUCAAUCUAUGUCCUACCACGCCAACGUCCUGGAGUCUUUUACCUUUGUCAGGCGUCUUUAUGUAUGCUUAGAUGGAGAGGCUCAGUAUCCUUUUGGUACAGUUUUGUUUCAGCUAGUGCGUUUGGAGCUAUGUUCAUGUAUAGAUAGCUGGACGGAUAUGCUUGUGAGUCUGCUCCAACGUUCUCCUAAACUACAAGCUCUCAAGCUUGUCCUGAAGCAUUUGGUGCUUGUGGAUCGUAAUGUUCGUUGGAUGCAACCAAGGCAUGUUCCUGAAUGUUUGUUGUUACAUCUCAAAACUUUCGAGUGGAGUGACUAUGAAGGCACAAAAGUUGAGAAAGACGUGGCGAUUUAUAUUUUGAAAAAUGCGAAGCUGUUACAGAGUGCAACUAUCUAUCCUUUCUCAGUCAGCUUGGUGCGUAAACACCAGAUGUUUAAGGAACUGGAAAUUGCGACCAGGAGUUUAAGAGCAUGCGAGCUUACAAUGGGCUGA